AUGACACCAGUCCAAGACAUCCCUUCCAACGGCAAGGACCUCGUCGAUUCUCUCGACCGACUCAAGGUUGAUGACGGCGAGCCGAGACUUGGCCGUGUGGCGACAAUGGAGAAGAUCGAUCACAACGGUCUUGCCAACGGCAAGACCAUGGGUUACAGUGCUGCCCAGCAGCGCAUCAAGCUGACUGACAACACCGAGAUCCCUCAGCCAGUUCUCACAACCAUCCUUGGCAAUGACGACUUCACCGGUAUGUUUCCAGCCUUGAUUACGUUCGCGGGUCUCUUUGCUAACUCUUCCGAGGUAAUCUGCACCGAGGUGUGCCGUGCCGUCACUGCCGACCCUUGCGAGGGGGUUCAGGUGACUGACGAGGACUUCUGGAAUGACAUUCAUAUAUGGACCGUGAAUAUCUUCUCUCGGAGGGUCUUGGCCGACAAGACUUGCAGGGCUCUCCGGGAGAUAUGCGUUCCACUCCCCUUCCGCAAGGUUAGAAUCUACCGCGCCGAAUACCGCGCCAUUCAGCCUCUCAAGGCGAUGCUUCUCAAUGACAGGAUCGAGAGAUCGAGGAUUACUUCAGGACCGCAGGCGAGAACAUCUACGCUGUCCAAUCGCGUCGUAGCAAGGAGGCGGUCAUGGGGAGGUGGUGAUGAUGAAUACUGGUACGCGGAAACCCUUGCAUGGAUAAGCGAUCCCGGAAAUUGGAGCUAUUCGGACAUUCGGGGUAUCAGGUCGCGAGUGAGCUGA